ACUUUUGGUUUUGUCAUUGAAUUUUUAGUGUUUUUUGAUUGUACAAAGAAAGUAUAAACAAUAUUAAAUUUAGGAAUAGCAACUAUUAUUUAUGUGGAAAACUUUAGUAUAUUUGUAAAGUCAUAACUUAUUAGAGGAAGAUUUGCUGUCGUCUCUAUUACUCUGCUGGCGACUUUAAAACGUUAUCACAAAAACAGCUGUUUCAAUCUUCCCUUUUGCCCGGUCUAACUAUGAAUUUCGUAAUAAAACUGUCUAGACAUGGAUAUAAUUAUCAAUAUAUCCGGAAACUAUCUACAACGAGGAGAGUAGUUGUAACAGGUCUUGGAACUGUAUCACCAUUGGGUAUUACCCUCAAAGAAUCGUGGCAACGAUUGAUAAAUUGCGAGUCAGCCAUCUCAAAAUUAAGCGAUGACUACAAGGGCCUACCAUGCCAAGUUGCGGCACAAAUCAAGAAGGAUAAACUUCCUCUCGAACAAUACUUAACAAAAAGUGAUAUUAAACUAAUGAGUCCAGCAACACAACUUUCAAUUUUGGCAACAGAAGAGGCAUUACAGGCAGCAAAAUUGAAUACGAAAGACUUGAAUAACGAUCAAUUGGAACGCAUUGGAGUAUGUGUUGGUAUGGGCAUGUUCGAUUUAAGUGAAGUCUAUGGUGCAUGGCAACAAUUACAACGUGGGUAUAAUCGCGUUAGCCCAUUCUUUGUGCCACGUCUACUGCCAAAUAUGGCGUGUGGUCACAUUAGUAUGAAAUAUGGCUUGAGAGGUCCUAAUCAUUCGGUUUCCACUGCAUGUGCUACUGGCGCUCAUGCCAUAGGCGAUGCUAUGCGCUUUAUAAGAAAUGGUGAUGCUGAUGUUAUGAUUGCCGGAAGCGGGGAAUCUUGCAUUGAUCCUUUGUCAAUUGCUGGUUUCUGCAGACUGCGCGCACUGAGUACAUCUUUUAAUGAGACUCCCGAGAGAGCAUCGAGACCCUUUGAUAAAAAGCGCGAUGGUUUCGUUAUGGGUGAAGGAUCAGCUAUAUUAAUUUUAGAAGAAUUAGAAUAUGCACGAAAACGUAAUGCACCGAUUUUAGCUGAAAUAUUGGGCUAUGGGUUAUCGGGUGAUGCCUAUCACAUCACCUCACCCAGCGAAGAUGGCACAGGUGCUACAUUGGCUAUGCAACGUGCAAUCAAGGACGCCGGUAUAAAACCGGAAGAGGUAACAUAUGUGAAUGCCCACGCCACUUCAACGCCUACGGGUGAUCGAAUUGAGGCUCGCGCAAUACAAACAGUAUUUGGGGAACAUUCUUCGAAUAUUCGUGUAUCCUCAACAAAAGGAGCUCAUGGUCACCUACUAGGAUCAUCCGGUAAUUUAGAAGCGGCUUUCCUCAUACAGGGAUGUUAUGAAAAUAAACUACCGCCAUCAAUAAAUGUGGAUAACUUGGAUGAGAGCGUUCAAGUUCGCAUUGUAUCAAAGCCCGAAAUAUGGUGUGAAGAUGGAGGAAAACGACGCAUUGCUCUGAAAAAUUCAUUUGGAUUUGGCGGUACUAAUGCUUCGUUAUGCAUUUCCAGUUACAGCUAAAACUGGCAGC